UGCCCUCUUCUUCAGAAAUCACUGGUAAAUCCUCAAAUCAAAACCGUCUCGAUAUUCCAAUUCCUUCAAUCCCAACUCCUUCAAUUCCUAAUGUUCUAUCUAGUGUAGAACCAGCUGUUUCGGCUGUUAGUAGUGCUAUCACCGAUGCUGCAAACACUGCUGCAAAUACUGCCGGGAAUAUUGCUGCAGUAGCCUUGGGUUUAUUAUCUCAGUUAUUAAGUGCUUUCGACAAUUUUAAACCAAGAAGUCCUACUGCUAACGUUUCAGGGUUUUUCACAAUUCCUUAUUUAAUAGCUUUAAUAUUUAAUGCAAUUUCUUUACCUUUAUUAUAUUUUCAUUUUACAAUUAUUGCUGCUUUACUCAUAUUAACUUCUUCCUUACUUAAUAUCAUUGCUUGUUUUUUUGAUCUCUUACUUUUUGUUUGGGUAUUUGAUCUUAUUUCUAUUAUUCCUGGUAUUGGAAGCCAAAAUACUGGUCCUGGCAUUUAUUUGGCUACUAUUAGCGCUUCCUUCUUAACUGUUGCUACUAUUUUAUUAUUUCAUUUUGUUGUCACCGAUGCUGCAAAUACUGCUGCAAAUACUGCCGGGGAUAUUGCUGCAGUAGCCCCGGGUUUAUUAUCUCAGUUAUUAAGUGCUUCCGACAAUUUUAAACCAAGAAGUCCUACUGCUAACGUUUCUG